AGAGCAACUCCAGCCAUGAGUUCAGAUGCAGAGAUGGCAAUCUUUGGAGAAGCUGCUCCCUAUUUACGGAAGUCUGAGAAAGAGAGAAUUGAAGCCCAGAAUCGCCCAUUUGAUGCCAAGGCAGCCUGUUUUGUAGUGGAUGAAAAGCAGAUGUAUGUGAAAGGAUCCAUACAGAGUAGAGAAGGUGGCACAGUCACAGUUAAAAUAAAUGAUGAUACAACUGUGACUGUGAAGGAUGAUGAAGUCUUUCCCAUGAACCCCCCCAAAUUUGAUAAAAUCGAGGACAUGGCCAUGAUGACCCACCUCCAUGAACCCGCUGUGCUGUACAACCUCAAAGAGCGUUAUGCAGCCUGGAUGAUCUACACCUACUCGGGUCUCUUCUGUGUCACCGUCAACCCCUACAAGUGGCUGCCGGUGUACAACCCGGAGGUGGUGGCUGGAUACAGAGGCAAGAAGCGCCAGGAGGCCCCUCCACACAUCUUCUCCAUCUCUGACAAUGCCUAUCAGUUCAUGCUGACUGAUCGUACCAACCAGUCCAUCCUUAUCACCGGAGAAUCCGGUGCAGGGAAGACUGUGAACACCAAGCGUGUCAUCCAGUACUUUGCAACAAUUGCAGUUACUGGUGAGAAGAAGAAAGACCCACAGCCCGGCAAAAUGCAGGGAACUUUGGAGGAUCAGAUCAUCCAGGCCAACCCACUGCUGGAGGCAUUUGGCAAUGCCAAGACUGUGAGGAAUGACAACUCCUCACGCUUUGGGAAAUUCAUUCGGAUUCACUUUGGAACAACUGGCAAACUGGCCUCUGCAGAUAUUGAAACCUAUCUUCUGGAGAAAUCCAGAGUGACUUUCCAGCUGGCCAGUGAAAGGAGCUAUCACAUUUUUUACCAGAUAAUGUCCAACAAGAAGCCAGAGCUCAUUGAUCUCCUCCUUAUCUCCACCAACCCCUAUGAUUUCCCCUAUGUGAGCCAAGGAGAAGUCACUGUUGCCAGUAUUGAUGACAGUGAGGAGCUGCUGGCGACAGAGAGUGCUGUGGACAUCCUGGGGUUCAGCCCCGAUGAGAAAGUGGGGAUGUACAAGCUGACAGGGGCUGUCAUGCACUACGGGAACAUGAAGUUCAAGCAGAAGCAGCGGGAGGAGCAGGCAGAGCCUGAUGGCACCGAAGUGGCUGACAAAGCUGGCUACCUGAUGGGUCUGAAUUCUGCUGAUUUGCUCAAGGCUUUAUGCUACCCCAGGGUGAAAGUCGGGAAUGAAUAUGUAACUAAAGGACAAAAUGUUCAACAGGUGUACAAUUCAGUGGGUGCAUUGGCCAAAUCAGUUUAUGAGAAGAUGUUCCUGUGGAUGGUUACUCGAAUCAACCAACAGCUGGAUACCAAGCAGCCCAGACAGCAUUUCAUUGGUGUCCUGGACAUUGCUGGCUUUGAGAUCUUUGAUUUCAACAGCCUGGAGCAGCUGUGCAUCAACUUCACCAAUGAGAAACUGCAACAGUUUUUCAACCACCACAUGUUCGUGCUGGAGCAGGAGGAGUACAAGAAGGAGGGAAUUGACUGGGAAUUCAUUGACUUUGGGAUGGACCUGGCUGCCUGCAUUGAGCUCAUUGAGAAGCCCAUGGGCAUCUUCUCCAUCCUGGAAGAGGAGUGCAUGUUCCCCAAGGCAACUGACACCUCUUUCAAGAACAAGCUCUAUGACCAGCACCUGGGCAAGUCCAACAACUUCCAGAAGCCCAAGCCUGUCAAAGGCAAGGCUGAGGCCCACUUCUCUCUGGUGCACUAUGCUGGCACAGUGGACUACAACAUCUCUGGCUGGCUUGACAAGAACAAGGAUCCCCUGAAUGAAACUGUUGUGGGGCUGUACCAGAAAUCAUCCUUGAAGUUGCUGUCCUUCCUUUUCUCUAACUAUGCUGGUGCAGAAACAAGUGAGAGUGGUGGUGGUGGUGGUGGUGGCAAGAAAGGUGCUAAGAAGAAGGGGGGAUCUUUCCAAACGGUGUCUGCUGUGUUCCGGGAAAAUCUAAACAAGUUGAUGACUAACCUAAGAAGCACCCAUCCUCACUUUGUGCGUUGCCUGAUUCCUAAUGAGACCAAGACACCUGGUGAAAUGGACCAUUACUUGGUGAUGCAUCAGCUGCGCUGCAAUGGGGUUCUGGAAGGCAUCCGAAUUUGUAGGAAGGGGUUUCCAAGCAGAAUCCUUUAUGCUGACUUCAAGCAAAGGUACAAGAUUCUUAAUGCCUCAGCCAUUCCAGAAGGCCAGUUCAUUGACAGUAAAAAGGCUUCAGAAAAACUUCUUUCCUCCAUUGAUGUUGACCACAACCAGUACAGAUUUGGCCACACCAAGGUGUUCUUCAAGGCAGGUCUCCUGGGACUCCUAGAAGAAAUGAGAGAUGAGAAGCUUCUGAGCCUCAUCACUCACACACAAGCUAUGUGCAGAGGGUACCUCAUGAGAACUGAAUUUAAAAAGAUGAAUGCAAGAAGAGAAUCCAUUUAUAUAAUCCAAUACAAUGUUAGAGCAUUCAUGAAUGUCAAGCACUGGCCCUGGAUGAAGCUAUACUUCAAGAUCAAGCCCUUGCUGAAGAGUGCAGAGUCUGAGAAGGAGAUGGCCAACAUGAAGGAGGAGUUUGAGAAAACCAAGGAAGAGCUUGCAAAGUCUGAGGCCAAGAGGAAAGAGCUGGAGGAGAAAAUGGUGACCCUGUUGCAAGAGAAAAAUGACCUGCAGCUUCAGGUUCAAUCUGAGAGUGAAAAUCUAGCCGAUGCUGAAGAAAGAUGUGAAGGACUCAUCAAAAGUAAAAUCCAGCUGGAAGCUAAAAUUAAAGAAUUAAGUGAAAGAUUGGAGGAUGAAGAGGAGACAAAUGCUGAACUGACAGCAAAGAAGAGGAAACUUGAAGAUGAGUGCUCUGAGCUGAAGAAAGAUAUUGAUGAUCUUGAACUGACUUUGGCCAAAGUGGAAAAGGAGAAACAUGCAACAGAAAAUAAGGUGACAGAGGAAUCGGGGAAUUAUUCUUUCCCUGACAGUUUUCAGUUUUGUAGAAAGUUGGGGUCAUUCCUAAGUGCUAUAAAUGGGAGUGAUAUGUGCCCAAGUCAUAGAAGAGAGGUAUUGCCACUUAAUGACCUUUCUAAACGAACCUUCCAUGGAGAGCAUUUUGACUACAUCCAUGCAAGAUUUUGCAAGGGUGCCCUCACUGUGUUCUCAGUCUGUCAUUUCUCAAGGCUCUCCCUCAUAGUGUGGAUGCUGGCUGUCCAACAGGUUAAGAAUCUUACUGAAGAGAUGGCAGCUCUGGAUGAAAAUAUUUCUAAACUCACAAAGGAAAAAAAGGCCCUCCAGGAAGCCCACCAGCAGACACUGGAUGACUUGCAAGUUGAGGAAGACAAAGUCAGCACACUCACCAAAACUAAGACCAAACUGGAGCAGCAAGUAGAUGAUCUUGAAGGAUCUCUGGAACAAGAGAAGAAACUGCGAAUGGACCUUGAGAGAGCAAAGAGAAAACUGGAGGGAGAUCUGAAAAUGUCUCAGGAUUCCAUCAUGGAUCUGGAAAAUGAUAAGCAGCAGAUGGAUGACAGGCUAAAAAAAAAGGAUUUUGAAAUAAGCCAGUUGCAAAGUAAAAUUGAAGAUGAGCAGGCUCAAAGCUCUCAGCUGCAAAAGAAAAUUAAGGAGAUUCAGGCUCGAAUAGAGGAACUGGAGGAAGAAAUUGAGGCUGAGCGUGCGAUCCAUGCGAAGACCGAGAAGCAGCGAGUUGACCUCUCCAGGGAGCUCGAGGAGAUCAGCGAGCGCCUGGAAGAAGCAGGAGGAGCUACUGCAGCUCAGAUCGAGAUGAACAAGAAGCGCGAGGCAGAGUUUCAGAAGAUGCGCCGUGACCUGGAGGAGGCCACGCUGCAGCACGAAGCCACGGCUGCCGCCCUGCGCAAGAAGCACGCGGACAGCACAGCUGAGCUGGGGGAGCAGAUCGACAACCUGCAACGGGUGAAGCAGAAGCUGGAGAAGGAGAAGAGCGAGCUGAAGAUGGAGAUUGACGACCUGGCCAGUAACAUGGAGUCUGUCUCCAAGGCCAAGAGCAAUCUGGAAAGGAUGUGCCGAGCUCUCGAGGACCAGUUCAGUGAAGUCAGAACAAAAGAUGAGGAACAUAUGCGAGUAAUUAAUGAUCUGAAUACCCAGAAAACACGUCUACAGGCUGAGAAUGGUGAACUCACCCGGCAACUGGAGGAGAAGGAGUCCUUGAUUUCUCAGUUGACUCGAGGCAAACAUGCUUUCACUCAGCAGACUGAAGAGCUGAAGAGGCAACUAGAGGAAGAAAAUAAGGCCAAGAACGCCCUGGCCCACGCCUUGCAGUCUGCUCGCCACGACUGUGACUUGCUCCGGGAACAAUAUGAGGAGGAGCAGGAAGCCAAGGGGGAGCUGCAGCGUGCCCUGUCCAAGGCCAACAGCGAAGUGGCCCAGUGGAGAACCAAAUACGAGACGGACGCCAUUCAGCGCACCGAGGAGCUGGAGGAGGCCAAAAAGAAGCUUGCUCAGCGCCUGCAGGAGUCAGAGGAGCAAAUUGAGGCUGUCAACUCAAAGUGUGCUUCACUGGAGAAGACAAAGCAGAGGCUGCAGGGAGAAGUGGAUGACCUCAUGAUUGAUGUGGAGAGAUCGCAUGCAGCCUGUGCAGCGUUUGAUAAAAAGCAGAAGAAUUUUGACAAGGUCGUGGCUGAAUGGAAGCAGAAGUACCAGGAGAGUCAGGCUGAACUGGAAGCUGCCCAGAAGGAGUCUCGCUCUCUUAGCACUGAGAUCUUCCGGAUGAAGAAUGCCUAUGAAGAAAUACUUGACCAGGCUGAGACUGUCAGGAGGGAAAACAAGAACCUCCAGCAGGAAAUCUCUGAUCUUACUGAGCAGAUUGCUGAAUCUGGGAAAGCUAAUCAUGGACUGGAGAAAGCAAAGAAGCAAAUUGAGCAAGAAAAGUGUGACCUUCAAGCAGCAUUAGAAGAAGCAGAGGGCUCUUUAGAACAUGAAGAAGGAAAAAUCUUACGUGUUCAGCUGGAGCUGAACCAGGUGAAGUCAGAUGUUGAUAGAAGGAAUGCAGAGAAAGAUGAGGAAAUUCAACAGCUGAAGAGGAAUCACCAGAGGGUAUUGGAGUCCAUGCAGACCACGCUGGAUGCUGAGAUCAGAAGCAGAAAUGAUGCUUUGAGGCUGAAAAAGAAGAUGGAGGGAGAUCUGAAUGACAUGGAGAUACAGCUGAGCCAUGCCAACUCUCAGGUAGCAGAGACACAGAAGCACCUCAAAGCUGUGCAAGGGCAACUCAAGGAUUCCCAGCUCCAUUUGGAUGAUGCUUUGAGAGAAAACGAUGACCUGAAGGAGCAGCUUGCUAUGGUGGAGCGCAGGAACACUCUGAUGACCACAGAGCUAGAGGAGGUGCGAGCGGCCAUGGAGCAGACGGAGCGAGCACGGAAGGUUUCUGAGCAGGAGCUGACAGAUGCCAGUGAGCGAGUGCAGCUUCUCCACUCACAGAACACCAGCCUCCUCAACACCAAGAAGAGACUGGAAGUGGACAUUACUCAUUUGCAGAGUGAAGUCGAAGACAGCGUUCAGGAAGCCAGAAAUGCAGAGGAGAAAGCAAAGAAAGCCAUCACAGAUGCAGCCAUGAUGGCAGAAGAGCUGAAGAAGGAGCAGGACACCAGUGCCCACCUGGAGAGGAUGAAGAGGAAUCUGGAACAGACAGUGAAGGACCUGCAGCACCGUCUGGAUGAGGCUGAGCAGCUGGCCCUGAAGGGUGGAAAGAAGCAACUCCAGAAACUAGAGGCCAGGAUUCAUGAGUUAGAAAAUGAACUUGAUGCUGAGCAGAAGCGAGGAAUAGAGUCACUGAAAGGUGCUCGCAAGUAUGAACGAAGGCUGAAGGAGCUCACUUACCAGUCUGAAGAGGAUAAGAAAAAUAUUCUGCGGCUCCAGGAUCUGGUGGACAAGCUGCAGUUAAAAGUGAAAGCGUACAAGAAACAGGCUGAGGAAGCUGAAGAACAAGCAAACCUUAAUCUCUCACGAUGCCGCAAGGCCCAGCACGAGCUGGAAGAGGCUGAAGAACGAGCUGAUAUUGCUGAAUGUCAGGUUAACAAGUUGAGAGCCAAAAGUCGUGAUAUUGGAGGACAGAAAUCUGAGGAAUGA